AUGGGCCCAAAUCCUUUUAGGGUUGUUGUUAUCUAUAUGUCACCUCGAUAUGCCCAAAAGACAUCAUCGACUACUGACUCACAAUAUCAAUCUGUGCUGAACACUGAAAGUCAAAUUUAUUUGCGACACUGCAACUCUGAAAAGUUUUAUUAUGAAGCUCUUGAGAUCUUUGUAUCGGAGACCUAUUAUUAUACUAUACUAAGCGAUUGCAAUAACAACACUAAUUUAUAUGGUUACAUCUAUGAAAGUAAUUUCAAUCCACUUGCUCCACAUGAAAAUUUACUUGCAGAAAAUGACGAUAUUAGUAAAACUAGUCGUCAGUUUAAAUUUAGAAUUUCUCUUUAUGUCAACACUACUUAUAUAUUAGUAGUAACAACAUAUUCUCCUGAAGAUAUUGGCGAAUUUAAAAUCAAUUUCAUCGGAUGGAAAAAUAUUAAUAUCAAACGUCAAAUCUGGGUGAGGGUGGACGACGGUGCGAAUGCGUCUGAGACUUACGAAAGCCAUAUUCAAAAGNAAGAUGACGACGACGACGAUGAUGAUGAGGAGGAUGAUGAAGACGAAGAAGAAGAAGAAGAAAACAAUAAUUCGAAUAUAUCAACAACAAAUGUUCAGCCAAAUAAUGCAACUAAAACAAAUGAUGUAUCAACACAAAGUGGCUCUCUUCAAUAA